AUGGGACAUUACGUUAUUUAUGUGCAAGCACACGAAGCCGCCGUGGCUACUCUGAAGAAGUUUGAAAAAGAGCUAAAGGAGUUUGACAAGGACAUCAAAAUCCAUCAAGACAAAGUUGACGUCACAAAUAAGAAGAUUGUCAAGCUGAAAUCGAAACUGGCUUCGUUGGAAACCGACAUAGAAAAAGCUAAGGAGGAUUCUGUAGCGUACAAGAAGAUGGCUCACCACAAGGCUAAAGCUCAUCCGUGGAUAUUGGACGAAAAGGCCCACUUUGGAUCGAAAAAUACUGAAUAUGACUUUACAGGAUACACGCAGGAGAAAGCAUCAAAGGAGAUAGCAGACAUGAAAGCCAGAAAGAAUGAACUGGGUAAAAAUCUGAACACUAGGGCCAUGGGGGUGCUGUCACAAGUGGAGGAACAGGUGCUUGGAUUGAAACAGAAGAAGGAGCAAAUAGCGAUUGAUAAGAAAAAGUUGUUGGAUACGAUAGCACUGCUGGAUAUCAAGAAAACGCAAGAGAUUCACAAAGCUCAUGCGCAAGUUAAUAAAGAUUUCGGCAAUAUAUUCUCGACUUUAUUGCCUGGCGCUUCGGCUAAAGUAGAACCUCCCGCAGGAAAAACAGUUGAGCAAGGACUUGAAGUAAAGGUCGCAUUCAAUGGCAAAUGGAAAGAAUCGCUCCAGGAAUUAUCUGGAGGACAACGCUCCUUGGUUGCCCUUUCGCUGGUGCUGGCCAUGCUGAAAUUCAGGCCAGCUCCCAUUUAUAUAUUGGAUGAGGUUGACGCAGCCACUGGAUUUGUCUUUCAAUACACAGAACAUUGGGCACAUGAUCAAGAAGCAGUUUCACAGCUAGCAGGUUAG